UCAAAAUAAAAUGACAGCGUCAAGUCAAAGAAGAAAGGAUUGAGUCUCCACAAAUUUGUCUUUUUAUAAAAAUAAAACUAGUAGAUGGAUAUCACCGUAAUUUUUAGUUCAUAGGACAGUGCAGUGUUUUUUGGUGACUUGCAUAUACAUUACCAUCAUUCUGGAUUCCCAAAAGAGGACUUACCUGGACAUCUACAAGAUGGAUUUGGCGGAGACCAUGAAGAGUGUGCUCGCGAAGAGCACUGGCGGGUCGGGCGGCGGCGGAGGAAGCGCGGGCGCGGCGCCGCACGCCGCAGAGGGCUACGUCACGGAGAAGCUGUACAUGCUGCUGCAACUGUAUCUGCAGAACAAGGGCUGGAGCCCCAGCAUCGAGCUGUUGCAGUGUUUCAGUGACCUUAAGGACUCCUCCAUGCUGCCCAGUGCUGCAUACCUUCAAAUGAUGGCAUCAAGAGUGGGGCUGGAUACGCAAGGCCGACUAAUUCUUAGAGAAAACGGGAAAAUAAUUCUGCCUUAUGAGCACUUUGCCAAUGCUGUUAUGCUGAAGCAUAUGAAUGGUCCCCAUGGCCUGCAUUUAGGUUUGGAAGCUACAGUCAGAGCAGUGGUAGAAUCAUACACAAUAGGGCGGGAGCAGUUUGGCAUGGAGAAGGAGUUCAUCGUAGAGGUGGUGCAGAAUUGUCCGAACCCAGCCUGCCGCUACUACAAGAACCAGCUAGAGAUGACGCAGAAGUCCAUACAGCAGCACCUUUCGCAACAGCCUACUUAUAUUCCUGAGUCGGGCGCGGCGAACCUGGCGGACAGCCAGGCGGUGGAGCGGCUGCUGCGCGGCUCGGCGCUGCAGGACUACCAGCUGCCGCUGGCGCCGCACCUCGCCGCCCUCAGUGAGUUGCUAUCGGGGCUAACGUCGGAAAAGCCGGACCGGCGCACGCAGACGCAAGACAAGCUCUCUCAACACCAGCAACAACUACUCCUGCAGCACCAGUCCCGCUCGCUGCACCAGGACAAGUACAGCCACCAGCGCUCCGGAACCUCCUCCGACACCAAGAAGCAUCACUACACAGACGAGCACAAACUCACUGACUUCCUCAGAGCGAACCUAGAAAGCCUAGAGUCGCUAUCGGGCUCGGGCGGCGGCAGCGGCGCGCCGAGCUCGGCCUCGGGCGGCGGCGGCGGGGGCGGGCAGGAGCGCGUGGUGCGCGCCUUCGCCGAGCUGGCGCGCAACCUGCAGCGCAUGCGGCCCUGCGUGCGCCCCGCCAUGUGCAAGCCCUACGGCAAGCAGUCCGAGCAGCUGCAGAAGAUCCUGCUGGAUACCAUCCAGCUGGUGCAGUCGCUGCGCAGCUACCUGCCGCCGCCGCACAUCCAGGUCACCUCGUGGAAGAACGACGACAAACUACGUUCGAACAACAUGGAGGAGAUUGAAAAUCGCAAAAUAGUGAGCGGCAACUAGCCCCAGAGUCUGCGGCUGAGCGCCCUCUCACUCUAGGUAGUCCCUCACUUCUGU